AUGAUCAUCACCAACCAGUUGGAACGUCGUGCCUUAGACCCUGAGCCUUUGCUUGUUCCGAAACCUGAACCAUUAAAUCAGCCACAAUCUUUGAAGGUUCGCGGCAAAAACGCUCCUCAGUAUCUUGAAAAGGGAACAAUACUCUCGAAGAAGUAUCGCUUGGAAAAGAUGAUAGGCGGUGGCGGAUUUGGCCAGAUUUAUCGCGCUACCGAUGUGGACAUGAGUACGGUAGUGGCAGCUAAAGUGGAACCGCAAACUGAAGAUGCUGGUCGAAUGGUUUUGGAGCAGAUGGUGCUCACAAAGCUUGUUGGAACUAGACAUUCACCGCGAUUGUACGCGUCUGGAUCGCUGAACAACUACAAUUUCAUAGUGAUGCAAAUGUUGGGAAGAAACCUGACUGAAUUGAGAAAGGCACAGCCAGAAAGGCGUUUUACCGUUCACACGACAGUUCGAAUAGGAGUACAAAUGGUGGAAGCAUUAAAAGCAGUUCAUGAUCUAGGAUUUCUUCAUAGGGAUGUAAAACCUUCAAACAUGUGUGUUGGUAUCGGAGAGCACCGUAGAAUAAUUUAUCUCGUUGACUUUGGCAUGACCCGUCAGUUUCGCCUACCGAAUGGUGAAUUCCGUAAGGAGCGAGUGUAUGCGGCGUUCAGAGGUACAAUGCGGUACGUAUCACUAGCUGUGCAUGAAAGAAAAGAGCAGGGUCCCGUAGAUGAUCUGUGGAGCGUCUAUUACACCUUAAUCGAAUUAGCUGAAGGUGGAUUGCCAUGGCGAACUAUCACCGAACAUGACGAGAUCUUUCAGCUUAAACGACGUCUGACUUACUUUGAUCUCUGCAGGUUCCUUCCACGCCAUUUCGAGAUGUUCCCGAUACUGCUUCGCGAUCUCAGUUAUACUUCAAUUCCAGACUAUGCCAGGCUAACGACGUCUCUAAAGGUAGUGCUUAACUAA